GAUGAACGAAGGAAAAGAGAGUCUCUCUCGAUCUCUUUCUCUCUCUCUAUAAGAGCGAAACGGUUCAGAUCAUUGAUUCAUUUGUCUGAGACUCGACUGUAGACUGCUGUAGCAUUUUACUACACUUUACAGCUAGAUAACCACUCUUGUUUAUAGUCAUGCCCUUAUAUCAUUUCGCUAUAGUGAAAGUCUUUCCAGCCGAGUUACACUUGACGCUCUGCGAAACGACUCACUCAAAAGAGUCUCUUCAAAAGAACCGACUCUCAUGUGAAUCGCUCAAGUACUUACGCUCGGAACACACACGCAUUUACCAGAGUGAGGAGAGGAUGCUUGGAUUAUAACACAGCUCUACGGAACAGUCGCAGGGAAAAGAAAACGAGUGUGGAUUUACGAGGAGCUUUCGCUUCGGACAUCUACAUGCUUUUCACGAAUGAAUGUUUAAUGGCUUGGAAAUGGAGAUAGCUUUGGUGAGUUUUGAAAAGCGCGGAGAUGGAGAGAGCUACCAGAACCAAAACUCACUGGAUCAUCCGCGACUGGUCCACAACAAAGAAGUGUUCCCGAGAAGUCCGCAGCAGAGCUCGUGGAAAAUGAACGACAUGAACAGCACGAUCAUGGGCUCCACCGAGAACACGGUGGAUUAUUACAGUCCCCAUUUGUUCGAGGAGGACAUCCUGGACAUGGAUUUGGACCACGAGAACAACGAGCGAGUUCUGAUCAACAUCGCCGGACUGAGGUUCGAGACCCAGCUGGGCACUUUGAACCAGUUUCCUGACACAUUACUGGGAGACCCAGACAAGAGAAUAAAGUAUUUCGACCCCCUCAGGAAUGAGUAUUUCUUCGACCGCAACAGACCGAGUUUUGACGGGAUUCUCUAUUUCUAUCAGUCUGGCGGCAAAAUCCGGCGACCUGUUAACGUGUCCAUCGACGUGUUCGCCGACGAAAUCCGCUUCUACCAGCUGGGAGAGGAGGCGAUGGACCGUUUCCGCGAGGAUGAGGGUUUUAUCAAGGAGGAAGAGAAGCCGUUGCCUCAGAACGAGUUUCAGAAACAGGUAUGGCUCAUUUUUGAGUACCCCGAAAGUUCUAGUCCCGCGCGAGGCAUCGCUAUCGUCUCCGUCAUCGUCAUCACCAUCUCCAUCAUCACCUUCUGUUUGGAAACUUUACCCGAGUUUCGCGACGAGCGGGAACUUCCGGUGACGAGCCGCGCGGUUAACGGCACUCAGGAGCGACCGUCGCUCACCUUCACCGACCCGUUCUUCAUCAUAGAAACCACCUGUGUGAUUUGGUUCACCUUCGAGCUCUUCGUGCGCUUCUUCGCCUGUCCCAGUAAGUCCGAGUUCUCCAAAACCAUCAUGAACAUCAUCGACAUCAUGUCCAUUAUGCCUUACUUCAUCACUGUGGGCACUGAGCUGGCGGAGCAGCAGGGCCAGGAGCACAAUAAUGGCCAGCAGGCCAUGUCUCUGGCCAUCCUGCGGGUCAUUCGUUUAGUCCGGGUGUUUCGUAUUUUUAAGCUCUCCAGACACUCCAAAGGGCUUCAGAUCUUGGGUCAGACUCUGAAAGCCAGCAUGCGGGAGCUGGGCCUGCUGAUCUUCUUCCUGUUCAUCGGCGUCAUUCUGUUCUCCAGCGCCGUCUUCUUCGCUGAGGCCGACGAACCCGAGUCGCACUUCUCCAGCAUCCCUGAUGCCUUCUGGUGGGCAGUGGUCACCAUGACCACCGUUGGCUAUGGAGACAUGAGGCCGGUGACCGUGGGGGGGAAGAUAGUGGGCUCUCUCUGCGCCAUCGCCGGGGUUUUGACCAUUGCGCUUCCGGUGCCAGUCAUCGUGUCUAACUUCAAUUAUUUCUACCACAGAGAAACUGACCAAGAUCAGGCGUCCCUCAGAGACGAGCCCAACAACGGCGGCACCUCAAACCAGAGUGAUGAUCUGCAUGGCUUGAGGAAGUCGUCUAAAGACGUAGAACGCAACGAAGACUCAAACACGCCCGUGGAGAAGAGCAACACGAAGGCUAACAGCAGGAUGGAUAUUAAACGCUCCCUUUAUGCGUUUUGUUUGGACACUAGAGAAACGGACCUCUAGUGUGGCCACCUCCACCCCUUUGCACUAGCAGUGCUUCCCGUUUCAGCUGUUUCUAUCUCAGGGAGACUGAAUACGAGGAGGCAUCUCUCAGCGGUGGCCCUUCAUGUGAACUUCAUGCGGAGAAGAAAUCUUCAAGAUGACACGAUAAACGCUCCAGAGGAACCGCUAGUCCAUCCAUUCUCUACUAUGCUAAUCAAGGAUCUUCAUCCUGCUGAAGUCCUGGAAAUUGAAAUCUACAGUAAUGCUCGAUAAUAAUCCAUCAACCUCUUGGGCGUCAGCCGUACUUUCAUGAUUCGCUGUUCAAAUUGAAGCACAAAGCAGUGAAAUAAAUACACGAGGAUAGUUCACCCAAAGCCUGUUGAGCACACAAGAAGAUAGUUUGACUUCUAGUCAAUAGCGUUUGUUUCUCCUACAAUGGAAAUCAGCAACAAGCGGUUGUCCUCAGAAUAUCUCCUUUAGUGUUCAACAGAAGGAAGAAAAUAAGUCAAUAUUACGUACAUUUCAUUGUUUGUGUGAACUAACCCUUGAGGAACUGCUGGGAUGAUCAGAUCACAGGCCUUAACACUUUCACCACCCUUUUUUUAAGUUACUGUUGUACAGUGUUAACUCCAACCCGAGUGAAAAGCCAAACUAGUUUUAUUUCGUUCAAGAGCACACUAUUUAAAACACAUGUACAUAUAUAUAUAUAUUUUUGUAAAGUUACUCGUUCGGUGUUUAGGGUCUUGAUCAAUACUUUCAUUGUUAGUCUGCAACACUGUCUAUGUGAAGUUUGUGGCUAUCAGUAUCAUAUUCCAUAUUAUCAAUAUAUAUAUAUAUUUAUAUUUCCCACUCUAAUUUGAAAACCUGCUGGCGAGUGAAAUGGAAGAAGCACUUGAAGGAAAAGGACAACUUUGCUGUGUUCUGCUGCCCAAUUCGCGAGGAUAAAAGCCUUGUCAACUCGAUUCCCGAAGGCUGAUGCGGGAUGGAUUCAAGCAGAAACUAUUGUGUACAGGAGAAACCACAACAAACGGCUAAACCCUGAAAACCACUGAAGACAGAGGACAAUUCCCUGUGAUCCGCUCUCAUAUAAGGUC